CAGCUUCCGCCGGAAGCGGUUUUUGAUAGUCGUUGUCGGGUAUUUGAGCUUGUUUGUGGUGGUUUCGCGGCCCCUGGCUGGUUGAGGCUUGGUCCGAGGAGCCCGAGAGCAAAGCUCGGGGCGUAAACCCGGGCAGCGAGAUGGACGUUUUGAAAUCGGAGAUCCUCCGGAAGCGGCAGCUGGUGGAGGACAGGAACCUCUUGGUGGUGAGGAUCCUUGGAGGUCGUGGGGCUUUGGCGGUCGAAGACUUGUGUGUGGACCCGGUUUGUGAAUCCAUUCAUCUGCUGUGGGCUCCUGGGCUGUUUCCAGGAUUUGGCUCUGAGGAUGAAAGCUGCUGCGGAACUUCCUGUGAAAAUAAAAAGUAUUUCAAGCGUAGUGAACUUGCAAAAAAGGAAGAGGAAGCAUAUUUUGAAAGAUGUGGCUACAAGAUACAGCCAAAAGAGGAGGACCAGAAACCAUUAACUUCUUCAAAUCCAGUGCUAGAACUUGAACUGGCAGAGGAAAAGUUACCUAUGACUCUUUCUAGGCAAGAGGUCAUCAGAAGAUUGAGAGAAAGAGGAGAACCAAUCAGACUGUUUGGAGAAACUGAUUAUGAUGCUUUUCAACGUUUAAGAAAAAUAGAGAUCCUCACACCAGAAGUAAACAAGGGGUUGAGGAAUGAUCUGAAAGCAGCUUUGGAUAAGAUCGACCAACAGUACCUCAAUGAGCUUGUGGGUGGUCAGGAGCCUGGAGAGGAAGACACACAGAAUGAUUUGAAAGUUCACGAAGAAAACACCACAAUUGAAGAGUUAGAGGCUUUGGGAGAGUCUUUAGGAAAAGGCGAUGAUCAUAAGGACAUGGACAUCAUUACCAAGUUCCUUAAGUUUCUUCUUGGUGUUUGGGCUAAAGAAUUGAAUGCCAGAGAAGAUUACGUGAAGCGCAGUGUACAGGGCAAACUGAACAGUGCUACUCAAAAGCAGACUGAGUCCUAUCUCAGACCCCUUUUCAGAAAGCUUCGGAAAAGGAAUCUUCCUGCUGAUAUUAAAGAAUCCAUAACAGAUAUUAUUAAAUUCAUGUUGCAGAGAGAAUAUGUAAAGGCUAAUGAUGCUUAUCUUCAGAUGGCCAUUGGAAAUGCCCCUUGGCCCAUAGGGGUCACCAUGGUUGGUAUCCAUGCCAGAACUGGUAGAGAAAAGAUUUUUUCUAAGCAUGUUGCACAUGUUCUAAAUGAUGAAACGCAGCGGAAAUACAUUCAGGGAUUGAAGAGGUUAAUGACCAUUUGCCAGAAGCACUUUCCUACAGAUCCAUCCAAAUGUGUGGAGUACAAUGCACUGUGAAAUCUGUGUAUGGUGUAUAAGUAAUGAGAAACUUGAGUGCACGUGGUACGGACUUCUGGAAUUACCAACAGGAACGAGGGAAGAACAGCAAUGCGGUUUCUUGUGUUUGAGUUCUGCCUCAUGCUGCUCUCUCGGUUUUAAGGAACGGUGUUGGCUCUAGCACAUCUGGCUGCAGACUGAUUUUUGUGUCAUUUACUUUAGUCAAAAAGUUAAGUUCUAAAGACUUCCUCGAAUUUAAACGUGUAGACAACUGUCACAGAAGGGGUCUAAAAUCACUUCUUCCCUCUAGACCUGCAAGUUGGCAGUUAGAUGAUUGAAAAGGAACAUUUGAGGAUGGACUUAAUUCUUUCUGUAAAAUAUGGUAAUUUUCACAUUGUCUUUUAUGUAAUAUUUAGAAAAAAUAUUUUUAUAUAUUUCAACAAAAAUAUGGAACCAUUUAAUGAAACUUUAUAGCCCUUAAAUGUUGCUGAACUUUUGCCAUCUUGCAGUAGAAUUGGAAUGUAAAUGUUAUUACUGUUAAGUGUUGUUUUUCUUGCAUUUCAAGGCUUGCUUUUACCUUCUAAGGAGUGUAAAUUUUAGUAUUUGUCAUCUCUCAGGACAGAAAGAAUUCACAGGAAAUCACAGUUUGAAAAAGAUGGUAUAUUAUACCAACAGAAGUUUAAAUUAAGGAACCCCAGUGCUUCAAGGUUCAAGGUGGGGCGAUGGAUUGUCAGUCAGGCCAGCCAAGGCUGGGCACGUUGCGACACUGCUGGUUCUUCCCGGGCUAGGACCGCCUACGAGGAGCAAGGUGCCGGCACUCUGGUCACUGCCUGGCCCAGUUGGUCAGGUCUGAGUUGGCACAGAUGAGGACUUCUGAAUCUCACGCAGUGUCCUGUGAAGAUAAUGGUGACAAGUUGCUGUGCGCAGCAAGUUGAGAGGACUCAGUUAAUAGAGGAAGGUGGGUGAACGGAGCCAACCUGCCCAGGCGGAGCGACGGUGUCGGGUAGCAGUAAGGGGUGCUCCCGAGUCAGCACUGCCGAGCUGGAGGUCCCAGCUCCCCCCACGAGUGUGUGACCCUGGGCGUCACUUAGCCUUUCUCCGCCUCAUUUGCCCCAGCUGCAGAUGGUCAUGAGGCAUCGGGGUGUGUACCUCAGCGGCCGCUGUGCUGUUCAAGUCAAAUAAAAUGCUCAGCACACCGCCUGGUGAAUGAGAGCUCAGUGAAUGCUGGGUCUCGUGUCCUCGUUCCUGAGCCCUGUGCCUGAGGGGCGGGGUGUGCUCAUGUCGGGGGUGGUGGCGGCAGCAGCCACUGGGGUGGGAGUGGUUACCGAGCAGACUCUGUCUGGGCUCUGUGACUGCUCCCACUUUCAGCCUGUUCGGAGUUGAAAGGGUGAGAGGACGUGGUGGGAGCGAGUCCACUGAGUCAUAGGUGGACGUAGCUUCUCGUAGCUUCACGGCCACCUGUUCUGGUCCCUUUGGGAAGGCUUGAGAGCUCACUUGUGUAUGGCCGUGCCUGUUGGAUCAUUUCUGCUGGGUGUUUGCACAGGGUGCCCGGAGCCCACCGUCCUGAUUGAGUCAGGCUUACUCCCUACCCCACUCCCCACUUUGGACACCCUCUCUUGUGAUUAAAGUAGUUAGGACUCCAGAGCUUACUCUAGGGCAGAUGAGAGAGAGACUUUCGUAAGAUAGGACGCUAGUCUAGACCUGAGUUGUGUAGUCUUGUUGUGUCGGAUUUGUUGAUAAAUAUUGUUGAAGGAAUACUCUCCAAAUUACUUUUCUUUAUUCGCAGUCAGACCACAGCAUGGUGGUCCGUUGAUUUCAUGUUGUCUUCCCAUUUGCUGUUAGUUAAUACUCUGCAUAAAGAAGAAACUAUCAUGUUACACCAGUACCUUCUAAAAUUGAUUCGUAUGGGUAGAAGGUUUGGAAAAAAAAAUGGUAACCGUCUACAAUCCUGUGAAUGUUAACCAUUUUGGGCUUGGGUAGAGGGAAGCAGGUUCAUAGAAAAGCUUUCCAUUUCCCUGAAAUUAAAGGUCUUCUGUUAAGUGCAAAUAAUCAUGUAGCUAUUACAGAACAGUGACCUCCUGGAUUCUCCACAUCAUGAAACUUGUAGUUCAGCAGAUAUGACAUACUUCUGGUUUUAGCUGUUUUUAAAAUAAGAAAGGCAUCCUUUAAAAAUCAGUCACAGCCCUGAAAUAACCAUUCUUCCCUUUCUUCAUUACCGUGGGCCCAGACUCCUGUCCAAAGGAGUUCUCUUUCUGGAUUCAAAUUUAAUAAAAUGCUGGUUUUCUCUCAGAAGGAAUACUGUAUUUCCUGGGAGUGUCCUUGCCAGCUGCGAAGACCAAGCAGUAGAUUUUAGCGUCACAACACAGCCUGUGGCCAUCUAGAAGCCAGGGCAGUGCUCUCAGUCUAUGGGGAAAAUUAGGAAAGUAAAGUUGAGGCCAAAGACAAUUGAGGAAGAGAGAAGUAUGGUCCAGAUCGCCUAAGGAGAAGGGGAGCUCCCGAGAGCCCCGGGCUGGGAGGGCAGCUGUCACGAGUCACAGAACUGAGGGAUCUGCUCUGAGCUCAGCGAGAAUUGGGAGGGGUGGGCAGUAGGAUUGCUAGCAGGGGGGCUUCUGGGUGUUAAGUUCUUCCAUCUGGCGAUUUCCUGACCUGCUCUCACACUUUCAAUUGCCCUGGGUUUUGACCUCAGUAAAUACUUGAGAAACACAACUGUCUUUUCAUUCGAAAGAAAGUAAUUUAUUCUGAAAGCAAACAGUUGAGAAAAGUCAACAGAAAAGUGUUUCAGAGUAUUUGGUAGAUUUGAAUUUGGGGAUUCCUAUCACUGAUUCCUUUUCAGCCACACAGUCACCCCUUUUAAUUAAGGCUUACCAGAGAAGGUGGUGGAAUGGAGGGGGCAGUCGCAGUGAAAGGGGAGCACGAAGUUGCAGUGUGGCGAUUGCCUGUGUCUCCGAGAGGUGCCUCCCCCAGGAUGCUCCCGGGACACCCCUCGUGGGCCGACUUGAUCCUGCAGAAAUGUACGGGAUGGGGUCGCGCGGGGAGUCCUGGACCACAAGCACUUUCACACGGCAUACUUAGUGCGAGUGUCCAGCUGGCCGGGUGUGCGCAGCCAGCCCCCCGAGGGUCCCUGUGGGAACGCCGUUAUGGCAGCUGCUUUUCAUCACAGACCUGCUGCUCUGUUGGCCGAAUUCUAACCACGCACUAGUACUUUAAUGGUUAACAGUAUCCUGAAAAUCUUUUGAAUUUCAAACGAAGUUCUGGGGUGUGGAGGCUGCGUGACUGACUGGUGGCGGCGCUGUGGUGAGCUGACCCCAUUCAGAUUUGGGAGCCGUGCUCGUUUAAAAAAAGGUUUUGUACAUUUACCAAAACAGCUUAUUAUAAAAGCUUUGCUUACUCAGUUCUCCCCACUGUAAACUCCGGGGUCCUUGGUACAAUUUGCUAGAGCUAAUAGUCCUCGUGCCUCCCGCCUUUAAGCUGCCACUUUGAAAAUACUGUCAGCCCCCCUCACAGCGUUCAAGCUGGACACAUCCUUUCCCCAUGGAGAGCAGCUAAGAAGUUUCGAGCUUCCUUUCGAGUAGGAUCGGUGACCUCAGAAGUGUUCACUGGGCUUCCUCCCACAGCGGGCAAGAGUCGUUUGCCCAGUCUCCUCUCCGGGCCGUUCUGAACUCCAUCUGCCAGCUCGCCAAAACCGAAUUGCCUUUCCUGUCCAGCUGCUCUUCCUUUAAGGCCUAGGAGCAAUCGGGGCCCUCAGUGUUGUAGUCCGAGCCUGGCUCAGAGGCUCUGCCCUCCCCUGACCGGGAGAGUUAAAGCUGUAGCUUUUGAAACUUACCGCUCACAACUCAAAGUAAAUAGUAACAAGUGCACGGGUACAUAAACGCCUGUGGAACUGAAACAAAAGCGCUCACAUACUCUUCCCUUGUAUUUCUCUUAAAAAUAUGCUGGCUGUGACUCCAGGCUGGCUCACACCGUGUGAGUGCUCUGUGACCGGCAGUUCGAAAACCACUGAUUAAGACACCAAUUAUGAGUAGAGUUAAGGAUGGAAACGACCUGGUAGAUGAAUUCAGGGCAGAAGGACUCUAUUUUUAGAAAGUAUUUUAAAUACAGAGCUACGGGGAUAACACAGCAUUCAAGUUUAGUGUGAAGUUUAGCAGAUGAUAAAGUCUUUCCAGCGCUAAAGACUUGUGAAGCAGUAAGUCUUACAUUUCAGAUGAAGAGACUGUCCAGGACCAAGGGGAGAAUAACCACAGCACACAGCAUAGAGCUGGCGGCACGGUUAGGUGGCCACCUUAUCCUGGCUGGAGUUUUAUAAAGCGAGAGGAAACGAGGUAUAAAAUAAAUAGGGUUGAGCAGAAGAAGAGACAUAGAGACCAGUAUCAUGCAUCAAAUAUCUACUGAGGGUUGGCUCAGGCCUUUAAAGAUUACUUCCUAAGGCUCAGGUAGGCCUGGAUGACAUUCCUUUUAAUGUAAAUUUUAUUUUUUAAAAAGAUUUUAUUUAUUUAUUAGACAGCGAGAGAGGGAACACAAGCAGGGGGAGUGGGAGAGGGAGAAGCAGGCUCCCAGCGGAAGAGCCUGAUGUGGGGCUCGAUCCCAGGACUCUGGGAUCACGCCCUGAGCCGAAGGCAGAUGCUUAAGGACUGAGUCACCUAGGCGCCCCUUAAUGUAAAUUUUAAGCAAUUGUGUAGCACAGAAAAAUGUACAAAUCAGAAGAGUACCAUCUCCUGAUACAUUUUUCAAAGUGAGUAUCUCCAAAGUCUCUAGCGUCCAAGUCAGGAAAGAUAAUGUUAUUAAUGCCCCGGAAAUCUCAUGCCCCCUUCUGGUCCCUGCCAUGGUCCUCAUGUCUAACGUCAUUACUGCUACAUAAUGCACAUAUCCUACAGCUCAGCCAUCCAAAGUGUACAGGAGAUUUAGGGUAUCCAGAGCUGGGUGCCGCCAUCACCACAGUCUAAGUUCAGAACCUUUCAUCACCCCCAGAAGAAACCCCAUACCCAUUAGCAGUCACUAAUAGGUCAGUUUUGCCUGAGUUUUAAUCAGCUCAUAUGUAAAUGGACUCAGUGUGCUUGGCUUGUUUUAUGUUUGAUUUCUUCUGGUUUCUGAUCCUCUUCCUCAUCGUGUGUAGUUGUGGCUCGUUCAUUCUCACUGCCACAGCCCACAAUUUAUCUGUUUUACUGUUGAUAGACUUUUGAGUUGGUUCCAAUUUUUGUAUGAAGCUUGUGUAUACGUUCUUUGGGGAAUAUGAAUCUCUGUAAGGUACACACCGUGGUGUGAAAUGUCCGGGGCAUAGGGUACGUACAUACUCAGCUAUAUUAGAUACUGUCAAGGAAAUUUCCAAAGGGCUUAUACAGUGGACAAUCCCUCAGGCAGGAUUUGAGAGUUUGAGGUACUCCGCACUCCGGCCACACAUGACAUACUCGCUGUCAUUUUCAUUUUAGCCCUUCUGGUGGGUUAAAAUGGCAUUAUGCGGUGGCCUUAAUUUGCAUUUCCCUGCUGACACAUAAAGGUGGGCACCUUCUUUACGUGCUUGCUGGCCAUUUGGAUAUUCUCUUUUGUGAAGUUCCCAUUCAGGACUUUAUUUUUGCCCAUGUCUUCUGUUUAUUUAGGCAAUUAAUGCCUUUUUCUUACUGAUCGUAGUUUGUUCUGGCGAGGAGUCCUUUGUUGGACAUGUGUGUUAAAAUACUUCUCCCGCUCUGUGGCUUGCCUCUCUGCGAGGUUCCUGUCUAUGCAAAGGGGAAAUAACCUUGUAACUAGCUCAGAUAUUGACAUAAUCUUUGCUACCUGUGCCAGGUUGUACAAAGAUCAAAUCGUGUUAGUCUUACAGGAACUUUAUCUUGAUUAAUGAUGUCACAUUGGUGUGCCUUAAGGGUAUAGGAUUUGAGAGAGAGGAAAGCAUGUGAGUCUAAAAUUUUUGUUAUACUUUAGUUUUAUUAGAUUGUUAUUUUAAUUAAGACUUGGUGAUUUUUCUCUUCCUUCGUUGUGCAAGUUUGUCAGCCGUAUGUGUGGUGUAGACACUGUUAGUGGCUUACCCUGUUCUCAUUCUCCUCUUUGCUAACAGAAGCUUCAUUUGUUCAGAGCUGCAAUGUGCACAGUUAAAACUGCUAACUCUCCUCAGACCCCUUGAAGUUAGGGUUGGUUAUGUCACAUGUU